UUAAUAUAUAGUUAGCUAGCCAUGAGUUUCCCAGACCUAAACCUACCAGAAAACGAGUGCACCUUAGACCUUUUGCAUGACCCUAACUCCUCUUCUCUUUCUUCUUCAUCAAGCAACCCGGAGCAACGAGUUUUCUCAUGUAACUAUUGUAGGAGAAAAUUUUACAGUUCGCAAGCACUUGGAGGCCACCAGAAUGCUCACAAGCUUGAACGGACCUUGGCAAAGAAAACUCGAUACCAAAUGAGACCUUGGAACCACCAGACAUCAAACCAUGUUGCCAAUGGUUCGAACCAGCUGCAUGUUGGUUGGGUUCAGCCACCCUUCACUAUGGGGAUGGAUGAUCAUCAGGGAAAUGUUGGGAUGGAUUAUUGUCAUAAGGGUGAGAGUGUGCAAGAAAGUUUCCAUCAGCUUGACUUGUCUCUUAGGCUCUGAUCAGCAACUCACAGUAGUUUUAUAUAUGUUUCAU